GCGGUGCUUACGCUCCACGCUGGCAGAAAGAAUAAUUGAUAACGAAAAACUGAAUAACUUUCUAAAAUUAGCGGGAGUGUGACGUGGCGGGCAGGCAUUUCUGAAAACGCGAGCUUUUUCGUAUAUAUUGAGACGGGAUACGCCAGUCGAAACCCAGUCGGUUGUUAUCGUUGUUGAGAACUUUCGAGGACCGCCCACUCACAAAAAAUGUCUCUGCAGCGUCAAGUAGCGGCCAAGAUUGCCUCAAAGCGCAAUCCUGAACAAGACAAAGAAGCACAAGAAUGGAUCGAGAACGUCUUGGGCGCCAAAUUCCCUCCAGGUCAGCUAUACGAAGAUGUACUCAAAGACGGUGUCAUCUUAUGUCAACUCAUCAACAAAUUGGCGCCCGGAUCAGUACCAAAAAUCAACACAUCCGGCGGACAGUUCAAAAUGAUGGAAAAUGUCAACAACUUCUUGGCGGCAAUCAAAGCGUACGGCGUCGCAGACGUAGACGUAUUCCAAACAGUCGAUUUAUGGGAAAAGAAAGACAUCGCUCAAGUCACGAACACCUUGUUCGCUCUUGGCAGGGAAACCUACAGACACCCAGAAUGGAAGGGCACCCACUUGGGCCCCAAACCAUCUGACGAGAACAAAAGGGACUUCGACGAGGCCACUCUGAGGGCCGGCGAGACGAUGAUCGGCCUCCAAGCUGGAACCAACAAGGGUGCCACCCAGGCUGGACAGAAUAUUGGGGCAGGACGUAAAAUCAUCUUGGGAAAGUAGGGUCUUGCAUGUCGAGACAUUUCUUAUAACGUUAAUGUAUUUGUACCAAGUUUCCAUAUUUUUUUAUUUGACGUUGUAUUUUAGUUACGUAACCAAAAUAUAAAGCUGUUUAUUUUUUUUCAAUUGGUUUAUUUUCAUUCCCUAAAUAUACUAAGUGACAUACUGAGAGACACCUACGUAUUGUAACGAAUAGCGCCAUCUGUUGGGCGAGUCUCCUACUCGCCAGAGCCUAAAUGCCGAUCUCUGCUUUUACGCGAACCACGGCGCACAAGCCGCCUGUGAGGAGCGUGACAGUGAAUGGCCUUCUAGAUCGACGCGAAGUGAUCUCCAACAUUCUAGAUGUCGCUGUGGCGGUAAUUGGGACUAUAUAUAACUCGGCGGCCGGGAGAUGGAGGGAGAGUAAGGAAUACGGUGGAGUAGCAGAGCGGAGAGAAGUUAUGUGCAGUCAGUGGUGUACAUAAAUGUUCUGUUUAGUUAAGUUGAAGUUGAUUGUGUUGUGUUGUAAAUAAAUUCGUGCAUUUCUUUUUGUGGAA